CCAACCCCAAGGUCAGCCGUCGGUAAUCCUAGCAACAUUAAUUUUUCCACCAAACCCCUCACCAAUAUUACUAAUUAGUUUUAGCCUGCUGUAUACUUUGUUCCAUGGCCCCCGGCGUUCCUGCCACUAGCAUGUGCCGGGGGGAGACAUGGGGCUACUUUGGCUCGAGGCGGGCCUAUGUUACGUUCCUCGCCGGCGACGGCGACUAUGUGAAGGGGGCGGUGGGGCUGGCCAAGGGGCUGAGGAAGGUGAAAAGCAUGUAUCCGCUCGUGGUGGCGGUGCUGCCUGACGUGCCCGAGGCUCACCGCCAGCUGCUCCGGGAUCAGGGGUGCAUCGUCCGGGAGAUCGAGCCCGUGUACCCACCGGAGAACCAGACCCAGUUCGCCAUGGCCCACUUCGUCAUCAACUACUCCAAGCUACGCAUUUGGAACUUUGAGGAAUACAGCAAGAUGAUCUAUCUUGAUGCGGAUAUCCAAGUGUUCGAUAACAUAGACCACCUCUUUGACAUGCCUGAUGGCUACUUCUAUGCUGUGAUGGACUGCUUCUGCGAGAAGUUAUGGAGCCAGUCUCCCCAGUACUCUAUUGGCUAUUGCCAGCAGUGCCCGGAAAAGGUGGCAUGGCCUGCCGAGAUGGGAUCUCCUCCUCCACUCUACUUCAAUGCUGGCAUGUUCGUGUUCGAGCCCAAUCAUCGAACCUAUGAGAACCUUCUUGAGACUCUUAAGAUCACACCACCAACCCCCUUUGCAGAGCAGGAUUUCUUGAACAUGUUCUUCGAGAAGACCUACAGGCCAAUCCGUCUUGUUUACAAUCUGGUCCUGGCCAUGCUGUGGCGCCACCCAGAAAACGUUGAGCUUGACAAGGUUAAGGUGGUCCACUAUUGUGCUGCAGGUUCAAAGCCAUGGAGGUACACUGGGAAAGAAGUUAACAUGGAUAGGGAGGAUGUCAAAAUGCUAGUGGCAAAAUGGUGGGAUAUCUACAAUGAUGAGUCACUUGAUUUCAAGGCAGAGGACAUGGUUGCAGAGGGAGAGGCCUUCUCGAUGUCUUCAUCGAUCAUGGCAGGCAUGCCAGAGCCCACAAUCAACUACAUCCCUGCACCAUCUGCAGCAGCUUAAGUGAGGCUAGGAAAGAUGAAGAGUGAAUGGAGGAAUUUUGAAAGCAUGUGAAAAUUUGUGUAAUGAAUAACUAACUGCCAUUUCAAAGGUCGCUACCUUUGAUCAUCUCCCUGUUCUAUGAAAUCAUCCACUUGGGCCAAGAGAAGGAAAGUUCUACUCUUGAGAAAAUUCUCGAGUUAAUACAAAUUUUGAGUGGUGUUCUGCUCUUGAGAAAAUCUCAAGAUAAUAUAAAAUUUGAGUGGUGUUUAUUUAUCUA